ACGAGCACGGAAUAGACUGUGGCCCAGCAUGAUCACACAUCAUUGUGCGUCAGCCACACACCUGAGUGCUCUUAAAUAGAGCUGAACAACCUGAAGAUUGGUGUUCUUUAUUCCAUGCCUUGAGGUUUACAUUUUUUGAGCACAAGAUGGAGACUGAAAGUGAGAGUAGCACUUCGGAGGAUGACAGUGUGUUUUGGUUGGAUUCUGAAGUUAUAACCCAGGUGAUUGACAGUGAAGAGGGAGAAAGUGAAGAAAAUUUCAGGAAGAUGAAGUCCUCCAUUCAUUCUGAAGAGGAUGAUUUUGUUCCAGAACUACACAGAAACGUUCACCCUCGAGAGCGGCCUGAUUGGGAAGAAACACUUAGUGCAAUGGCAAGAGGAGCAGACGUUCCAGAGAUUUCUGGAGACCUUAGUCUUAAGACAUGUGGCAGUACAGCCAGUAUGAAGGUUAAACAUGUGAAAAAGUUACCCUUCACUAAAGGUCACUUUCCGAAGAUGGCUGAAUGUGCACAUUUCCAUUAUGAGAACGUUGAGUUUGGCAGCAUACAGCUUUCACUUUCAGAAGAACAGAAUGAAGUAAUGAAAAAUGGCUGUGAAUCUAAAGAGCUGGUCUACCUCGUGCACAUUGCUUGUCAGGGCAAAAGUUGGAUUGUUAAAAGAAGCUAUGAAGAUUUUCGGGUACUUGAUAAACAUCUUCAUCUAUGUAUUUAUGACCGACGAUUCUCCCAGCUUGCAGAGCUUCCCCGUUCUGAUGUCCUGAAGGACAGUCCAGAGUCGGUCACUCAGAUGCUUAUGGCUUACCUGUCCCGCCUUUCAGCUAUUGCUGGCAACAAGAUCAAUUGUGGACCUGCCCUUACUUGGAUGGAGAUUGAUAAUAAGGGAAAUCACCUUCUAGUUCAUGAGGAAUCAUCCAUUAACACUCCUGCGGUCGGUGCUGCUCAUGUUAUCAAGAGGUACACUGCUCGGGCCCCUGAUGAAUUGACCUUAGAGGUGGGAGACAUUGUUUCUGUUAUUGACAUGCCCCCCAAAGUGUUGAGCACAUGGUGGAGAGGCAAGCACGGAUUUCAGGUGGGGCUCUUCCCUGGACACUGUGUUGAGUUAAUUAAUCAGAAAAUUCCCCAGUCAGUGACCAACUCAGUGCCAAAACCAGUGUCUAAAAAGCACGGCAAGCUCAUUACUUUCUUACGUACAUUCAUGAAGUCUCGUCCAACAAAACAGAAGCUGAAACAACGGGGGAUCUUGAAAGAGAGGGUAUUUGGUUGUGACCUGGGGGAGCACCUUCUGAAUUCUGGUUUUGAAGUACCCCAGGUUCUUCAAAGCUGUACAGCAUUCAUUGAGAGAUAUGGCAUCGUGGAUGGAAUAUAUCGUCUCUCUGGAGUUGCCUCCAACAUCCAGAGGCUACGCCAUGAAUUUGAUUCUGAACAUGUCCCCGACCUGACAAAAGAACCGUAUGUUCAAGACAUCCAUUCUGUGGGCUCCCUCUGUAAGCUGUACUUCCGAGAGCUCCCAAACCCCCUGCUCACCUACCAGCUCUAUGAGAAGUUUUCUGAUGCUGUUUCAGCAGCAACCGAUGAAGAAAGGCUGAUAAAAAUCCACGAUGUCAUCCAGCAGCUCCCCCCACCACACUACAGAACACUGGAGUUCCUAAUGAGACACUUGUCUCUUCUAGCUGACUAUUGUUCCAUCACAAAUAUGCAUGCAAAAAACCUAGCAAUUGUUUGGGCUCCAAACCUGCUGAGAUCAAAACAGAUAGAGUCUGCCUGCUUCAGUGGGACAGCAGCUUUCAUGGAAGUGCGAAUUCAGUCCGUGGUUGUUGAAUUCAUCCUCAACCACGUCGACGUCCUCUUCAGUGGGAAGAUCAGCGCCGCCAUUCAGGAAGGGGCAGCUUCUCUAUCAAGACCCAAGUCCCUGCUGGUUUCCUCUCCAUCCACCAAGCUGCUGACGUUGGAGGAAGCCCAGGCACGGACACAGGCGCAGGUCAAUUCUCCAAUUGUGACUGAAAAUAAAUAUAUCGAAGUAGGAGAAGGACCUGCCGCACUUCAGGGGAGAUUUCACACCAUAAUUGAGUUCCCACUUGAAAGGAGGAGGCCUCAAAAUAAAAUGAAAAAAUCUCCUGUGGGCAGCUGGCGUUCCUUCUUCAACUUGGGGAAAUCAUCAUCUGUUUCUAAACGAAAGCUGCAGCGUAAUGAGAGUGAGCCCUCAGAGAUGAAAGCCAUGGCUCUGAAAGGUGGCAGGGCAGAAGGAACCCUCCGUUCAGCUAAGAGUGAGGAGUCUCUUAGUUCCCUCCAUGCAGUCGAUGGUGAUUCCAAGCUGUUCCGACCCAGAAGACCCAGAUCUAGCAGUGAUGCACUGAGUGCCUCUUUUAAUGGAGAAAUGCUGGGCAACCGCUGUAAUUCCUAUGAUAAUCUGCCCCAUGACAAUGAAAGUGAGGAGGAAGUAGGGCUGCUUCGUAUUCCAGCUCUUAUGUCUCCUCAUUCAGCUGAGGAUGUUGAUUUAAGCCCACCAGACAUUGGAGUAGCCAGCCUGGAUUUUGAUCCAAUGUCAUUUCAAUGCAGUCCUCCUAAGGCCGAAUCAGAGUGUCUGGAGAGCGGUGCUUUCUUUUUAGAUUCAUUAGGAGACUCCAAGGAUAAACCAAGUACCAAUAAAAAAGAUACAGAAGCAGGUGGUAGCCAGUCUCAGACUCCAGGGAGCACUGCAAGUUCUGAACCUGUCUCUCCUCUUCAGGAGAAACUGAGUCCAUUCUUUACCCUGGACUUGAGCCCCACUGAAGAAAAAUCAUCUAAGCCAUCCUCAUUCACUGAAAAGGUCGUCUAUGCUUUCUCUCCAAAGAUUGGACGAAAAUUAAGCAAAUCACCUUCUAUGAACAUAUCUGAGCCAAUUUCAGUCACCCUUCCCACUCGGGUGUCAGAAGUCAUUGGUGUCGUCUCAAAUACAGCAGCUCAGAAUGCAUCUUCUCCAACCUGGAACAAAAGUGUUGAAGAAAGUGAUGUCAUAAAUAGAUCCCCCACCCAGCUAGUAAAGAUGAAAACAAAUGAGAGAGAGGCCCAAGAAGGAUGUGAGUCGGAAGUCCAGCCCCUGGACCAGGUGGCUGCUGCAGAAGUAGAAUCGCCAGGGAAGGAGGAGCAGUCUGUCUCAAGCAGUCAGAGUAAGGCUGUACCUUCUGGACAGACUCUGGCAGGAGCAGUUACCCAUGACCCCCCUCAGGAUUCCGUUCCUGUCAGUUCAGUCACUCUUAUCCCACCACCACCGCCUCCGAAAAAUGUUGCCCGCCUGUUGGCGCUAGCGUUAGCUGAGUCUGCACAGCAAGCCUCAACUCAGUCCUUGAAGAGACCAGGGACUUCCCAGGCCGCUUAUACAAAUUAUGGAGAUGUGGCAGUGGCUGCACCUGAAGAUAAACUGCCUCACUGCCACUCUAGUGUUACUCUAGAUAAAGCCUAUGUCCAAAGUGAGAGGCCGGCAGAGCAGCUCUGCCUCCAGAACAUUGCAUCUGUGAACUGUGACCAGCCUAUACCAGAUCCAGCAGCUCUUGGCGGUCACACCCAUUCCAAUGCAACUGCAACUGGGGAGCAGCUCCAGCAGGCAGACUUUCCAGGGAAUCAGCCCCAUCGAACCUGUUUAUCUGGGGACCCGGAAAAGGCCAGAAUCACUUCAGUUCCCUUAGCAGACUCUAAGUCUGAUGAUCACGUAAGUUUCCCUGAAGACCAGUCUGCGAAGAACAAUAUGCCAGCUGUCUCCUUUGUGGAUCAGGAGCGGUCUCAACUUCAUUUCUACAGUGGAAAUCAGCCUCCUUCUUAUCUUGGUACAAGUGUGGAUAAGCCCCAUCACCCUUCAGAACUUGCAGACAAAUCUCCCACACCCUCUAAUUUCCCUAGGGACAAAAUCUGCCCUCCUUCUGGGUCCCCUGAAGAGAAUACCAGCACAGCCACCAUGGCUUAUACCACAGCUGCUCCAGCAACAGCUGAAGUAAGCACCAGAGAAGCCAACUGGGAUGUGAUUGAACAACCCACCGCAGCUGAUUUUGCGGCUGCCACCCUGCAGCGCACUCACAGAACUAAUCGUCCCCUCCCCGCGCCUCCUUCCCAGAGAUCAGCAGAGCAGCUACCAGUCGUGGGGCAGGUACAAGCAGCAACCAAUGUAGGAUUAAAUAAUUCCCACAAGAUUCAAGGAGUAGUUCCAGCUCCAGAGAGGCCACCUGAACCCAGAGCCAUGGAUGACCCUGCACCUGUCCUUGUCAUUGACAACAGCGCAGCUGCUCAGUGUCCCAUCUCUACUCCCGCUCUCCAACCAGGCCUUCCUGAAAAGGUGCGGGAUGGUGCCAGGGCCCCACCGCUGCACCUGCGUGCUGAGCCUGUCCCUGUGCACUCCUCCUGUGGCUAUACUGCACCGGUUCCUCCCACCAGGACAAUGGAGAGUAAAAUUGCUGCUGCCAUACACUCCAGCAGUGUAGAUGCUACCAGCAGCUCCAGCUAUCAUCCCUUUGUCACUGCUUCCUUAGCCUCCGUGGAUGAUAUUUUGCCUUUACCACUUCCUGUCCCACAACCUAAGCAUGCUUCUCAGAAAACUGCUUAUGCCACCUUUGCUAGGCCUGAUGUCAUUGCUGAGCCCUUUGGUCCAGAAAACUGUUUUCACUUCAGUAUGACUCCAAACUGCCAGUAUCGUCCCCAGAGUGUACCUCCACAUCACAAUAAAUUGGAACAGCACCAAGUGUAUGGUUCCAGAUCAGAGCCACCAGCGUCCAUGGGUCCUCGUUAUAACACGUACGUGGCCCCGGGAAGAAAUGCAUCUGGACACCACUCCAAGCCAUGCAGCCGGGUUGAGUAUGUAUCUUCUUUGAGCUCCUCUACUAGGAGUAGUUGUUACCCUGAAGAUAUUCCACCAUACCCUACCAUCCGGAGGGUACAGUCUCUCCAUGCCCCUCCGUCUUCUAUGAUUCGCUCUGUUCCCAUUUCACGGACAGAAGUUCCCCCAGAUGAUGAACCAGCCUACUGCCCAAGACCUCUGUACCAAUAUAAGCCAUAUCAGUCCUCCCAGGCCCGCUCAGAUUAUCAUGUAACACAGCUGCAGCCUUACUUUGAGAAUGGUCGGGUCCACUACCGGUAUAGCCCAUAUUCCAGCUCUUCUAGUUCCUAUUACAGUCCAGAUGGAGCGCUGUGUGAUGUGGAUGCCUAUAGCACAGUACAGUUGAGGCCCCUUCACCGCCUACCCAAUCGCGAUUUUGCUUUCUACAAUCCUAGGCUACAAGGGAAGAACUUAUACGGUUAUGCUGGUUUGCCUCCACGUCCCCGGGCCAACGUGACUGGCUAUUUCUCUGGUAAUGACUACAAUAAUGUAGUCAACGUGGCUCCAACCGCUGAUGUAAAGCACACAUACACCUCAUGGGAUCUUGAGGACAUGGAAAAAUACCGUAUGCAAUCCAUCCGGAGAGAGAGCCGCGCUCGGCAGAAGGUGAAAGGGCCUGUUAUGUCCCAGUAUGAUAACAUGACCCCAGCUGUUCAAGAUGACUUGGGUGGGAUCUAUGUCAUCCAUCUACGUAGUAAAUCAGAUCCUGGGAAAACUGGACUUCUCUCAGUGGCAGAGGGAAAGGAGGGGCGACACCCAGUCAAGGCCAUCAGUCCUGAAGGAGAUGACCGCUUCUAUAGGAAGCAUCCAGAGCCAGAGUUCGAUAGAGCCCACCACCAUGGAGGAUAUGGCAAUGGACAGUCGGAGAAACCAUCCCUCCCUCAGAAGCAGAGUAGCCUCAGGAACAGGAAACUUCAUGACAUGGGUUGUAGUCUCCCUGAGCACAGGGCACAUCAGGAAGCAAGCCAUAGGCAAUUAUGUGAAUCAAAAAAUGGGCCACCUUACCCCCAGGGAGCUGGCCAGUUAGAUUAUGGGCCCAAAGGGAUUCCAGACACUUCUGAGCCAGUCAGCUACCAUAACUCUGGAGGGAAAUACAUUACUUCAGGGCAGGAGUCUUUAAGACUGAACCACAAAGAGGUGAGGCUCUCCAAAGAGUUGGAGAGGCCCCGGGUUAGGCAGCCUCCUGCCCCGGAGAAACACUCCAGAGACUGCUACAAGGAGGAGGAACACCUCACUCAGUCAAUAGCCCCACCCCCUAAACCAGAGAGGAGUCACAGCCUGAAACUCCAUCAUACCCAGAACGUGGAGAGGGACCCCAGCGUGUUGUACCAAUACCAAACCCAUGGCAAGCGCCAGAGCAGUGUGACUGCUGUGUCCCAGUAUGAUAACCUGGAGGGCUACCACUCCCCGCCCCAGCACCAGCGCGGAGGCUUUGGAGGAGGAGUGAUGGGGACAUACAUGCCCUCUGGCUUUCCCCACCCACAAAACAGGACAUAUGCUACAGCUUUGGGUCAGGGGGCCUUCCUGCCCGCAGAGUUGUCCUUGCAGCAUCCUGAAACACAGAUCCACGCAGAAUGAGCCCUGGGAGCAAUAGAGUUGAAGCAGCCUCUGCUGGACAGUGGACUGUUCUAUUUUUUUCAGUAACCAAAAAGAUUUAAAAAAGAAAAAAAGCUACAAAACCCCUGGCCACAUUAAAAAAAAUAAUCAGAAAAGUAAAUCACCAUCUUUUUCCCCUUCCCUGCUUCAUUACCACCUCUUCCAUCUAUAGACUAUGUCGUUUUUGUCUUUAAAAGAGAUCUGAAUGGUUGUCAAGCACUAUGUUGAAAACUCGGUAAAGAAAUUUGUCACAGACCAUACUUGCCAUAUAGGGCUAAUUUGUCAGAGCCUGAGGACUGCCUUUAACUGAAUUUGAGUUUAAUUUUGUGCUUAGUGUCUGCCGUCUAGUUCAGAGCAGGGCACUCUGUCUCCUGGAGGGCCUCUGCGUUUCCUGUCGGUUCCUACUUUUCAGUAGCCAUGCAGCUUGCCCAGAUUGACACUGUUUUUCUCGCUUCAUUCUCCCUGUCUUAUAAGGGUCCCUGACCCUUCAGAAGAGUCUAGCAGACAUUUAGCAAAUUAUAACUAAAAAAUACAGGAAUGAGGACUUUAAGCAUUUAAUCAAGAGUCGUCAUAAAAUGUCAGACCACUGAGACCCAGCCUGAACCAUGCUCUUCAUAUUCUUAUUUUUCAUAGUUGUUCCUCACAGUUCAGUGAACAGGCUCAUGUUAGUGCAGAAGAAAUUUUUAAAAGUUAGAAUUAAAGAAACUUCUUAGGUGGAAGUCAGUGAACUUCAUUAGCACCAGAAAACUAUAUCAAUGCUUCUAGUGUGUUGCCUGCCUUCAGUUAUUUUUUUUUCUCAAUAAUAUUGGGUAAAUUGUAAUCUAGUAAAACACUUCGCACCAUUUGUUCUCCUAAAGCAACUUUUUUUUUCAUUAAAAAAAACCAGCAUGGUUUGAUGGAUAAACAUGAUUUAUCAUGAUUACAACUCUACAUGUUAAUUUCUGUUUCUAAACCAGAGUACAGGUUUCCUGAGAAUUGUUAAAGUACAUGUGUAUUAUCUGUUAGUAAACAGAAAGUUCCUACAGUUGCCGAUCUGAGCAGUCCCCACGUCUGUCCUGAGGAGUUAGCGUGCUGUUUGUUCACUGUGUCCGUGUGCAGCCACAGUCUCACAGUAACCGCCAUCUGCACCAGCAUAUCAGGGAUAGCUCUUACACCUCUGUAGACAUGUUAAACAUGUUCACUACCCAAGACUUUCUUUUGAAAGUUGCAUUUCUGAUUAGAGUAGGAACAGACAUCUCUCUAGCCCAACUCCAUUCCAUUUUCUCAACCACCCACCACCUCUACACCAGAAUUGCAAGGCAGUCCUAUAUUUACAAAACAUGUAGAUUGUCAUUUCAUUCCAUAUUCUUAAUAAUAUUUGAUUUUUAUACAUUCACAUGUUUUAAAUGCUCAGUUUGUAGAACAUAUGAGAAUUUCAUUCCAUUUACUGGAUGGUUGCUGCUCUUGGCUUUUUAAAACUUGGAAUUUUAUUUAGAGCGAAGGAAGAAAUCUUUUAAGAGGCUAAAUUCAUGCUGCUAUAAUUGCUGUGAAAUUGUAUAAAGAAUAGUAUUCGUGCCAGUCCUUUUUUUUUUAUUUAAAAAAAAAGUAUGAUUGCAUUUUAAGGGUUUAUAUUUAGAAAAAGAAAUAAAAUUUUAAAAACAACACAUUUAUUCACAUGUGGAAAUGCUCUAUAAGGUUUUCUUUUGUUCCCCCAGAAUUGAUCAGAGAGAUUCAAUAAAGAUCAUGGUAGAAAUCUUGAAAUACUGGUAUGUGCAAAGGUCUGUGGAAAUUUAGGCCUCUAUGUUAAAAGUGCAGACCAACUGGUAUAUAGUCACAAUGUUAAGGAACCUGAUAGGACGCUUCUGUUUAGCACACGAACACAUCGGGUGCUUUAUACAGGAGUUUGAUCUUUGGUGAAUAUACAGCACUAAUUUUUUUUUGCUUUAACCAUCUUUUUGUCAAGUAGGCAAGCCAUUGCCCCUUUGAGAUAACACAGCCUUGUAAGUUCUCACCAGCAGCAUGGAGACUAGAAAGAGGAGCUGGUGUGACAAAGAGAUACAGAUGGCUUUAGUGACUGAGAGCCCAGAAGGAUGUGGCUGAAGAAGUCCUGUCCAAUUUUAAUAUUUGAGGAUUUGUCGUCACACACAUUGUUUAAUCCUGAAACUAAAGUCUAUUUUAUAAAUACUAAGGUUAAUUCCUUAAAGCAAUUACUUUAUUAAUGUCUUAGGAAUAUCAGGUAAAUAUUUUGAAUACAGAGUAAUGACUCAAAUUACUGGUAUAAGUGUGAAACACAAACUUUAGGUAAAAUCUAGAGUAGUUUUAUUUCAUGUAUGUGGAUACAGCCUUAACUUUGGACUCAGUCAUUUGAAGGACUUUGCCUGUAUCUUUCCCUUUAUAAUAUUGUAGGGUAGAAAUUGGAUGGCAAGUCACUGUGAGCCAGGUUACCUCAGCAUCAUUCACUUUGUGUGUGACUUCACAAAUAGAGGAAUUAAAUGUUACUACUUUCAAAUUUUGACAUGGAGCAUUAUGAUCAAGGAAAUGGAGCUGCCUUAUACAUUAAACCCAUAAUUUAAUUCUAUUGGUAUUUUCAUAGCCAUGUCUCCAGAUUUUAUCUUUUUGGCAAAAUUCUGAUGCCGCUGUUUGGUUUGAUUGAAAUAAAUAAUCCCUGGAUGUCUGGCCAGAGACUUAGCUAACAGCCCCAGAGGUGCCAUUUUCUUAUGAGUAAAUUUCAUCUGAGCCUUACUCCCAACUGUAUUCAGUUUCUUUUUAAACAUGCAAGUCCCUGGGGUGAUCCCAAGGAUAGGGCCUGCACGUUUUUAUAAUGACAAAACAUUUUUAAAAGGUUAGGAUCAGGUUGAAGAAUUUGAGGACAAAUUCUGUAAAGAAGAGGGACCAUUAAUGUGAGUGGGUAACCACAUUUGCAGCAGCAAUAGAUGCAUACAAUGUAAAUUUGAAAUUUGCCCCUUUAGCUAAAAAAGGAGCCUGCAAAGUCCAUAUUUCUCUUCGCAGACCUGUCAAUCACCCAUUCGGUAUGUUGGCGAAGUAUUGCCUGAGCAGUCUAUGUAAGGAAACGAUAAUGAAAGUAAAAGUAUGUCAGAAAGUGACUUCAGUGGUUAGAGGCAUGUGAUUUUCAGUACUGUGUGUUAAGGAAAUGUCAGGAAUGGUAUAUUUUAACUGUAUGCAAGGUAAUGUCAGUGUGCACAGAGGAUCUUUUCUCCUUUUCUAAUUAGUACUGUUAGUGUUCAAAGAAUAAAAAUGGUUGUUUUACAGUUUAGAUUCUAAGGUAGCAAAAUCUGACUUUUCAACCAUGAUCUGCAUGAGAGAAGCAUCCUAGGAAGUCUUAGAUCAUACUUUUGAGUUCUUUAAUUUAUAUAGUUUUUUUAUGUUUUAAUAUUUUUGUGAACUGGUGUAAAUUGUUAAUGCAUAUAAGCUUGUGUAUUUCUGUAAAUAGUUUUGUCAUUUAUUUCUUGACCCGUAUGUAAAUAUUUAGAGUCUCAUUUCUUCAAAACUUAUUUGAAGCUGAGUUGUGGGUUUGGGGUUUUGUUUGUUUCUUUGAUUGUUUUGGUUGGGGUGGGGGGAGAAGGGAUUUUGUACUCCAGCAAUCCAGAUGGAGAUCUCGUGUGGUUUAAAGCAAAUGUCCCACUGAAAGCAAUUCAAAUAUCAACACAGUUAUUUCAGGUUAAACAGA